GAGACAGAUCUGUUAGCCGACUCCAGCCACACAGAAACCAUAUAAGAUAUCUCCUGCAGCAAUAUCCCAGGAAUAUUUCUAUAACUUUACAACAAUUUUUUAUCGAUUCUCGAACAAAGCUUCGAUGACCCUUUGAUUAUAUUUCUUUGCACAUACUGCCCUUCAAUUGAGGGCCACCACACAUACAUCAUGACGGCUCCCUUCAAAACCACGAUGAAGCACACCUACAAGCGACAGCAAAAGAAGUUAACGACUACCCAAUACCGUGUUUCAAAACCAGCAGCUAAAUGCAGAAGAGCCAACGAUGCCAUGCAGUCACUGACAUAUCAUUCAGCUCCGUUCAUUUCUGAGGCCGAGGGUGGCAUGCAACACGUUGCAAUGAAUGAGAGACAAACCGCAUGGGUUGAGGCUCCUCGGCGCUCGGUCAAUUCAUAUAUAUUGUUUCGUACCUUCUACAUGAUUUUGACGGUGCUUGGGAAUAUUCCGCAGAAGUACAAGUCUGCUAUCCUCAGUGUCUUGUGGGGUCGCGAUCCUUUUCACGCCAAAUGGUCCAUCAUUGCUCGCGCUUAUACCCUCAUGAGAGAUGCUGGUGUUAGGAGAUCCGUAUCCGAGUUCCUUGCUCUCGUGUGCCCCCACAUUGGUAUCCUAACUGUCGACGAUUACCUUUCCGACCUCAACUGGACAUUCGAAACCAAUGAAGAAGGGACUGUCUGUCUUCGCCAGACUUCUCCACCAGAGAUCGGUUCGUUUCCAGCACACAUCGCCAGAACUCUCUUAACAGAUUUGGACAUCAUCACCUUUUGUGGCACUCAAGGCUACUUGCCAGUUGCGACCGCUGCCAGCAUUGUUCAAGGUUGGAACCGUGUGCAUCCAAUGGCCAACAUGGCUAUUCAAGGCACUCUCCCUGUUACACAGCACAUUGCUUCCACUCAGAAUGCAUAUGGUGCCUGGGAGAUGCCUUCAGGUGUCAUAGUUGCUCCACCCCCCAAGCCGGCUUUCGACCAGCCUAUUGCUUACACUCCUCCCGCUCUAGUGCCAGGUGCAACAGCAUCACUAACUGGCUCACUGCCACCACCUCCUCCUUGGUCCACUGGUAUGAUGGCUGGAUACUGGGGUCACGACAGUGGUACUAUCGACCUCAGUGCACUUCACACUCAAUUCGAUCAAUUCAACCCCACCUCUCUCACUGACGCAGGCGGUCUCUACAUGCCUGAAGAUGUCCCUUCACCACCACUCUUUGCCGACUUCUAAUUCUUUGUAUAUUUGUUCGAACUUUCGUGGCACCGAUGUUAAUUAUCUCGGCUCCACGAUCAACACACUCCAGCAUGGAGCUACCUCAAUAAUUAAGGAGUUGGAUGGACGUUUAUACUCGCUGGCGCA